GUCCACCGCAAUACAAGACCUCACAGCUGCUUCAAACUGCGACUAAAUCGAGCAUUAGCGGGAACUCACACGCAUUGUCGCAGAUCUGAUUGCUUAUGAUUCCUUCUAGCUUGAUGCUACCAUGGCCCGCCUUGAAAACCCCAGUGCACUUGUGCCGAUAAAUGGCCAAGCGUGGCCUGGAAACGAGGUUGAUGAACAUUGUGAUAUAUGCGAAAAAGUCCUGUCAGUUUUCCACCACCCUUUCGAGGAAUGGGUAGAAGUACAUCUUGGACUGGUGUCAGACGUUAUAAAGAGCCCCUGCUCCCAUGUUGAGUGGAUUAUACGAACCCGGCUCGAUUGCACGCUUAUCGGACCUCCACUCACUAUUGAAGAUUACGAAAGUAGAUGGAUUCGUUUUGUCAAGUGGCCCGAGUCAACACGCGCCCAACUUUUGAUAAGUUACGAUACAUCUUACAAGAAAUAUUACGGAGAAGAGUGGCGGGACACUUGCCAGAUAGGAGGAAAUCAAGUAGAACUCGUCAAGCAUUCUUCAAAAAAAGCAUACGUAGGAUGGGCCCGGCUAUUAGACAAAGAUUGGAUCAACUUGGAUAUCAUACGAAACUGGAUGGAUUGCUGUCGCCGAGAACAUAAGCCCCAAUGUCGAGAUCGGACACUACCAGCAACUGAGGAGAUACAGCCUCUUUGGCUUAUCGAUGUCAUUGAUGGCUGCGUUGUACCUUCACCAGGACGGGUCACUUAUAUCACGCUGUCGUAUACCUGGGGGCAGACAAAGAAUUUCCGCACUCUCAGCAGCAAUCUUGAGCAAGUUCAACGGCCUCACUCCUUGGUCUCCGGCGAUAUAGCUAAAGAAAUUCCCGAAACAAUUAGAAACGCUUUCGAUCUUGUCAGGUUGCUUGGCGAGAGAUAUCUUUGGGUCGACAGCAUAUGCAUUGUUCAAGACCAUACUCGGGCAGUGGAAAGUGAGCUUUACCAAAUGCAUCGAAUCUAUUCCAGUUCAUUCAUGACCAUUAUUGCGAAAGACGGCACAGCCGCCAAUCAUGGUCUCCGGGGUGUCCCGGGAGUUUCACAGGCAAGGGCUGGGGCACAGAAAAUUAUACGACUUUCGGGCGGAGAGAUGCUCUCAGAAGCUGCAGACUCCCCGUCGCCGCCAAGUUCUGCAUACGACCAGCGUAUGUGGACCUUCCAGGAAGAGCUUUUUGCCAAUAGAUCCUUGAUAUUCGAGUUAGGUCGAGUCACUUGGCGCUGCAAUUGUGCUGUCUGGCAUGAGCAUUUACUGGAACACAAGAGAGAGAGUAGCGUGGAGAAGAGCCAAUUACAUUCCCAUAUGACCGAUUGGAUCAAUAUGGAAUUUCCGAAACUCUGGGACCUUCAUUGGCUUAUAGGUGUAUUCAAUAGCCGUGUACUCACCUUCCCAGGAGAUGUGCUGCAUGCUUUUUCUGGAAUUCAAACAUCGUUACAUUCAAUCUUUCCAGGCGGUGUCCUUUUCGGCCAUCCAGAGUUAUUUUUUGACACGGCAUUGGUAUGGCGGGGCGACAAGGGCAUCCGUCCGCGGUGGAAUGGUAGACAUCCGUCCAUGCAUGACAAUCUACCAAGUUGGUCUUGGAUGGCAUGGGAAGGCACGAUCAUGUUCAUUGCAGAUGGCUCAACCCAUCGUGAUUGGUUCCAGGUUGCCACCGGAUCAAUAACGACCUGGUAUGCAAGAAAAAGCCCUAACUCGACGGAAAAGCGACGUAUCGAAUGUACAUGGGACAAUUAUCUUAAUGAGUGCCCGCCCGGUUGGACUCGGUAUGCAAGAGACCCGAUGAAACAGAAAUACUGGUAUGUCCAUGAAGAGAAGGAGUUAAAACUUGAAUACCCAGUGCCAGUGCUUUGUAAGGGAAUGAUAGCAGCCCUGAAGGAACAGUAUCAGUACGUAUCUUGUGAGACAACACAUGCGUUCAUAACUAUGGCUCCAGAACCUGUGGAAGAAGGCAAUUGCUUCGCGGGGGUGGUCUUACAAGAUGACCUAGGCAAUUUUGUAGGUCGACUGGAACCGCAUUAUAGGCAGGUGAGCAUGGUUCCGGAGAAGAUCGAAUUGGUGGCAAUUGUUCGAGGUCGAUACGAGCACAGGGAAGGCAGUAUUGAAUAUGUGGAAGAUUGUUAUUUUGUGCUUUGGAUUGAAUGGGAGAAUCACGUAGCAUAUCGCCGCACAUCAGGUUAUGUAUUAACGGAGAAGUGGGAGGCUCUCCGGGAAAAAGCCCCCAUUGAGUUGAUACUAGGUUAAAAGAUAAAAAUUUACGCAGA